CCCCCCCCGCCAGUCGGGGCCAGGCCAGGCCAAGCCAGCUCCUCUGGCAGCAGAGCCUGGGCAGGUGACGAGCGGUCGCGGGCGUCGCAGCUGAGGGAGUAAGGAGGCACCCAGGAACCGGAGCUGGAAACCGGGCCGAGGUCCAGCCAGAGCCCAAGAGCCAGAGAUACCCCUCGAGCGGUCAGCCAUGGGGGAGAUGGAACAACUUCGUCAGGAAGCGGAGCAGCUCAAGAAGCAGAUUGCAGAUGCCAGGAAAGCCUGUGCUGAUGUUACUCUGGCAGAGCUGGUGUCUGGCCUAGAGGUGGUGGGACGAGUUCAGAUGCGGACACGGCGGACAUUAAGGGGGCACCUGGCCAAGAUCUAUGCCAUGCACUGGGCCACUGACUCCAAGCUGCUGGUAAGUGCCUCGCAAGAUGGGAAGCUGAUCGUGUGGGACAGCUACACCACCAACAAGGUGCACGCCAUCCCACUGCGCUCCUCCUGGGUCAUGACCUGUGCCUAUGCGCCAUCAGGGAACUUUGUGGCAUGUGGGGGGCUGGACAACAUGUGUUCCAUCUACAGCCUCAAAUCCCGUGAGGGCAAUGUCAAGGUCAGCCGGGAGCUUUCUGCUCACACAGGUUAUCUCUCCUGCUGCCGCUUCUUGGAUGACAACAAUAUUGUGACCAGCUCGGGCGACACCACGUGUGCCUUGUGGGACAUUGAGACUGGGCAGCAGAAGACUGUAUUUGUGGGACACACGGGUGACUGCAUGAGCCUGGCUGUGUCUCCUGACUUCAACCUCUUCAUUUCGGGGGCUUGUGAUGCCAGUGCCAAGCUCUGGGAUGUGCGAGAGGGGACCUGCCGUCAGACUUUCACUGGCCACGAGUCGGACAUCAACGCCAUCUGUUUCUUCCCCAAUGGAGAGGCCAUCUGCACGGGCUCAGAUGAUGCUUCCUGCCGCUUGUUUGACCUGCGGGCAGACCAGGAGCUGAUCUGCUAUUCCCAUGAGAGCAUCAUCUGCGGCAUCACGUCCGUGGCCUUCUCCCUCAGCGGCCGCCUGCUAUUCGCUGGCUAUGAUGACUUCAACUGCAAUGUCUGGGACUCCAUGAAGUCCGAGCGUGUGGGCAUCCUCUCUGGCCACGACAACAGGGUCAGCUGCUUGGGAGUUACAGCUGAUGGGAUGGCUGUGGCCACAGGUUCCUGGGACAGCUUCCUCAAAGUCUGGAACUGAGGAGGCUGGAGAAAGGGAAGUGAAAGGCAAUGAAGACACUCAGCGGCCCCUCCCCGACCCCAUCACAUUCAGGUGUUCUCUCUUCCAGGUGCCAUUCCCACUAAGCUUUCUCCUUCGAGGGCAGUGGGGAGCAUGGGGACUGUGCCUUUGGGAGUCAGCAUCAGGGACACAGGGGCAAAGAACUGCCCCAUCUCCUCCCAUGGCCUUUCCUCCCCAGUCCUCACAGCCUCUCCCUUAAUGAGCAAGGACAACCGGCCCCUCCCCAGCCCUUCGCAAGCAUAGCAGACUUCAGUCUUUGGCAGCAGGCCCCAGGACUCCCUCCAGAGCCACUACGUUUGUCCAGACCUGGGUGGGACAGGGCUUUGGCCCUGUGACUAUGGCUCUGGCACCAUUAGGGUCCUGGCCCUCUUCUUACUCAUGCUUUCACCUUCUUCUACCUUUUUCUCUCCUAAAACACCUGCAAUAAAGUGUAGCACCCUGGUA